ACAGUGACAGUUCAUUCAUUUAAUUUGAGGAGAAUCUUCAAAAAUAAAAAUAAUCUGUAAUAAUCCCGAAAAUCCCGCAGAGUUUUAAUCGUUUUUCAGUGAAAAAUCUAAGAAAAUAAUAUUUUCAGCAUGACAGCACCAAGAGCUGCCGGUGAUUCGAACAGAAACAGAAAUUUGGCGUAUAAAGACAAAAGUAAACCCGCAGAUGUCCGUUCCAGUAAUAUAAAUGCCGCAAAAGCCGUUUGCGAUGCUAUUAGAACUAGUUUGGGGCCCAGGGGUAUGGAUAAGAUGAUCCAGGCCUCUAACGGCGAGGUGACAAUUACAAAUGAUGGAGCAACAAUCUUAAAACAAAUGAAUGUAAUUCAUCCAGCUGCAAAAAUGCUGGUCGAACUGUCAAGGGCUCAAGAUGUAGAAGCUGGAGAUGGUACAACAUCUGUUGUGGUUAUUGCUGGAGCCCUUCUUGAUGCUGCUCAGAAGCUUUUGUACAGAGGUAUCCAUCCCACGGCAAUCUCAGAAUCGUUCCAACGCGCAUCCACCCACGCACUACAAAUCCUGAACAGCAUCGCUACACCCGUAGAACUGAGCAACCGCGAACAACUUAUCAAGAGCGCUUCAACCUCUUUAAAUUCUAAAGUAGUGUCUCAGCAGUCCAGUCAGCUCGCUCCAUUAGCAGUAGACGCUGUAUUAAAAGUAGUUGAACCUGGAAGAGAAAUGGCAGUGAAUCUCGCCGAUAUCAAAGUAUUAAAGCAACUCGGUGGCACAGUGGAAGACACAGAACUGAUUAAUGGUUUGGUGUUUCCACAAAAACUCGCCAACGUCUCGGGACCCAAGAGGCUGGAAAAGGUUAAAAUUGGCUUAAUUCAAUUUUGUAUUUCCCCACCUAAAACUGAUAUGGAUCACAGUAUUGUUGUCUCAGAUUACUCCGCGAUGGAUCGUGUGCUCAAAGAAGAACGCGCCUACAUCCUUAACAUUGUCAAGCAAAUAAAGAAAGCCGGGUGCAAUUUAUUGUUGGUGCAAAAAUCGAUUUUGCGCGACGCCGUUUCCGACUUGGCCAUCCACUUUUUGGAUAAAAUCAAGUGUAUGGUGAUCAAGGAUAUUGAACGGGAAGAUAUCGAAUUUGUGUGUAAAACCUUAGGGUGUCGUCCCAUCGCCUCAUUGGACCAUUUCGUUCCGGAGAACCUGGUAAACGCCGACCUGGUAGAAGAAGUUGGUUUUGGUGGAAAUCGUAUGGUCAGAGUUACCGGCAUUCAAAAUCCAGGACGCACUGUUACACUUUUAGUCCGUGGAUCCAACAAAUUGGUUUUGGAAGAAGCGGAGAGGAGUAUUCAUGAUGCUCUGUGCGUUAUCAGAUGUCUAGUGCGUAAUAAGGCGGUAAUUGCGGGAGGCGGGGCUCCAGAAACCGAAUUAGCCUUAAGACUGGCUGCUUUAUCGGACAAAAUGGAGGGCAUAGACGCCAUUUGUCUUAGGGCAUACGCAACUGCGUUGGAAAUUAUACCGUUUACAUUGGCAGAGAAUGCUGGACUUAAUCCAAUUCAAACUGUAACUGAAUUGAGGAACCGACAUGCCAAAGGUGAAGUGUCUGCCGGAAUAAAUGUUCGGAAGGGAUGCAUUUCGGAUAUAUUGGAAGAAAAUGUCGUUCAACCCUUGUUGGUUUCUACUUCUGCUUUGUCAUUCGCAACAGAAACUGUUAGGUCUAUUCUAAAGAUUGAUGAUAUUAUCAAUACAAUGACAUAAAAAUAUUCUUUAAUGUUUAUAGUCUCUAGUAUUAUUAACAAUUUUAAUUAUAUUAUUUUCUUGGCUUUGUUUCGAAAUAACUUGCUUGUAACGCAAACUCACCGUUUAUAAUUUAUAACAUUCUUUGUUUCGAUUGGCACAGCUGCCAUUAUACCUUUUGAUAAAGAAAAAAAUAAAAUAUUCGUCAGUUUAACCACAA